AUGCCUGAAAGUAGUGACCAUAUGCUUAGGUUUUUCGUACAUUAGGUCAGAAAAGUGGUAGCGGGAUGAGUGUUCCUCAUAAGGUACUUGGCAGCUGGGGUGAAGACAAUACAAACGACCUAACACAAUACUAUUUGUGGUUUGUCUCUUGUAUAACUUUUGAUGCGGACUUGAUAAAAGUGAUAGUGACAGGGCAGACGAUAAAUUCUCUAUAGUUGAUGCAGGUAUAAUGGCCUUUACUUUAACUUUAUUCAAGAAUCCGAUGACGAGCCGGGUAACUGUGGCAUAACACAACUUAUACAAGCUGUACAGACAUUCCUACGAUACCUGAGACUGGUGAUAUUGAUGAAUCGUGCACAGAGGAGGAGAUUUCGUGUGCACCGAGGUAUGAUUUAGUCAAUCUUAAAACAUGCUUUGUUCGGCCUACUAGUUAAAACCAGCUUGUUUCAAUUACUUUUGACACUAGCACGAUAAUAGCGACGUUCGGCAGCCGAAUCCAUUUCCACCUGUAUUUAAUAAGUGGAAGUCUAGUAGAAAUUUAUUUUGAAGUGACUUUUUUCCCACAGAAGGACCCGGCAGGUCGUAUAGUAGGUUUAUUUUUACUAUAACCCGGUUACAAUUCGAAUUAUUACAAAAGGUGUAGCCAUCGAACAUGAUUGAGUUAUGGCUGCCAUUAAAGUCGUUGUCCGACAUUACUUUUUCCGUACUUUCCUACUCAAGGAUAAAGGAGAUGCUUACAACGCAUGGCUACUGCCGGUUGCGGACAUUUUUAUAGAUUAUCAUAAACCAAAAAAUUUCUGAAAGCACAUCUAAUUUACAUUAAGCGUUUAGUCCUUAUUAAUUUCUUUAAGAGAUUUCCAACAAAAAAACAGUCCGCAUAAAGAUACAAGGCAAUUUAACCAUUUGCCUGGGUCACACCAUCCCCUUCGCUGAUAUCUUGCUCCUAGUUUGCCUACGCGCCGUCGACAUUACUCGCGAGGGGAAUUUGCAUACAGCUGUAGUUUAUUUGGACGGGAUACGCAAAAAGGGAGCACCGGGCACCUGCUAAUUAUUGAUGGAAUUUCACAAAGCUUGUUAGUAUAGGUUGCCGAAGGGCUAUGUAUAAAGCUACCGUAUUUUGUGCCUGGAGAUCAUGGUGUUUCGCCAACCAGUUUAGCGUCUAUAUCUUGGGCUCGCGUUCCGUAAAAGACAUUUUUUUCACAACCUGAAUUCAGAAACAGGAUGUUGGAAAAAUCCAACAGUCUGUUUCAGUUCAGUCGGGUAGAACAAAACCGUUCUGGGUACAGAGGGAUACAAACAAUCACAGGGUGUCAGGCAGAUUUUUCUUAGUUUGCAGACUAUCGAGAUCCAAACGACAUUAAAUUGGCCACAACAAUGGUCUGGCGGCCAAUAUACACAGCCGUUAGAAGCUUCUAAAAUAGUUCGAAGAUGGAAAAUCGAAUAGUACAUGGACAACUGUUAGCUUAAACCCUUUUGGCGAAUGCUAUUCUGACCAAACCAGCCUCUCGGGGAGCAUAAGAGACAUACUACUUAAGACGUUCGUUUAGUAACAAAUUCGAAGAUGUUCUCACAAAGCCGCAAGUAUAAUACUGACACACCGGCACGCUGAAAAGAUGCAACACUUUCUGAAAAUAUCAGAAAGCCACAGACGAAAAAAUUAAAAAGGAGCGGCAAAACGUCGAGCAACUGAAAUCUUUUAUCGAAUUUUUUCUGACUACCUAAUUUCAUCUACUAGCGGCAGCCGCGACGAAAUCAAAUUCCUCUGUGCACGCUUUCGGCUACAAAACCUCAACAACAGGCUUUUAUUUCCUGCCGAUUAGCCUAUAGGAUGUUUGUUAUAUGGAAUUUCUCUUAUUUUAGUCUACUUGCGACGCGUCUCCCGACAUACUGGAAGCUAGACGAAGAGUCGACAAAAUGCAGUGCCCUUGCUUUCCUUGUAAAAAAGUGUAUUAUACAAACAUGUUAAGGAUAACAAAAUUGAUCUCAGACUUCUUUCUUCCUUCUUGGAUCCAGAAGAAGAGACUAAAGAAGUGAGUGUCGGCGUAUUUUGAAGUAAAUACCCACAUUUAGGAGGACGAGGUUUGGAGCUGGGAUCGACUAUUUGCAGAUAUAAUGAAUUGA